GCGGCAUUGGAGCUGUGUUACUGUGUACGUGAAGCAGCGAGAGAAAGAUUUGGGAAGCCGUCUGGAGACUUUGAGCUGCGCUGUGGCGAAAAUAAUGGCCUAGCCACUCGAGUGUCCUCAUGCGCUCGUUUCAGGUUAUAAGCAGAGGUAAGACGUCUCGCUACCACUGAUACUCCUGAGGAACAGCAGCAGCAUCCGCCCCUCCACCCCCACCUCCCAGCAGACUCCGGCAGCGGAUCAGGAUGGAGGCAUCGUUCGGCCCUGCCUUCUCAGCCGUGCCCGCUGGAGCUAAAGCAGAAGCGUCCAGCACCUACAAGCAGCACAGAAGAACUCCCUCCUCCUCUAGCACUCUAACCUACUCCCCCAGGGAUGAUGAUGAUGGAAUGCCUCCAAUUGGUACUCCUCGGAGGUCAGAUUCGGCCAUCUCAGUCCGAUCUCUUCAUUCAGAGUCCAACAUGUCUCUGCGCUCCACUUUCUCUUUGCACGAAGAGGAAGAAGACACGGAGCCCCAGGUGUUUGCCGAACAGCCGUCAGUCAAACUGUGCUGCCAGCUGUGCUGUAACGUCUUCAAGGACCCCGUCAUCACCACAUGUGGGCACACCUUCUGCAGACGAUGUGCCUUGACUUCAGACAAGUGCCCGGUGGACGCGGCUAAGCUAACGGUCGUGGUGAACAACAUUGCGGUCGCCGAGCAGAUUGGCGAGCUGUUCGUCCACUGUAAAUACGGCUGCAGGGCCACGAACAGUGGUGCAGGAGCAGCCGGAGCCUCCCCCGCCACGGUGGCUGGGAAACCCGGGGCGUACGAGGUGGAUCCACUGGGCUGCCCCUUCACCAUCAAACUGUCCACACGCAAAGAACAUGAGGUCAGCUGUGACUACAGGCCAGUCCGCUGCCCCAACAACCCCUCCUGCCCCCCUCUGCUCACCAUGAACCUGGAGGCUCACCUCAAAGAGUGUGAGCACAUCAAGUGUCCCCACUCUAAAUAUGGAUGUACGUUCAUUGGUAACCAGGACACAUAUGAAACACACCUGGAGGUGUGUAAAUUUGAAGGGCUGAAGGAGUUUCUGCAGCAGACUGAUGACAGGUUCCACGAGAUGCAGCUGACUCUGGCCCAGAAGGACCAAGAUAUUGCUUUCCUGCGCUCCAUGUUGGGCAAACUGUCUGAGAAACUAGAUCAACUAGAGAAGAACCUGGAGCUCAAAUUCGAUGUGUUGGAUGAGAACCAGAGCAAACUGAGCGAGGACCUGAUGGAAUUUCGUAGAGAUGCAUCCAUGCUUAACGAUGAACUGUCCCACAUCAACGCCAGGCUUAACAUGGGAAUCCUUGGCUCUUACGACCCCCAGCAGAUCUUCAAGUGCAAGGGGACAUUCGUUGGCCACCAGGGUCCCGUCUGGUGUCUGUGUGUCUACUCCACCGGAGACCUGCUCUUCUCCGGAUCCUCAGACAAGACCAUCAAGGUUUGGGACACCUGCACCACCUACAAGUGUCAGAAAACCCUUGAGGGUCAUGAUGGCAUCGUACUGGCACUGUGCAUCCAGGGUAACCGGCUAUACAGCGGCUCUGCAGACUGCACCAUCAUCGUGUGGGACAUCCAGACCCUGCAGAAAGUCAAUACAAUCCGUGCCCAUGACAACCCUGUGUGCACACUGGUCUCCUCCCACAAUAUGUUGUUCAGCGGCUCCCUCAAGGCCAUUAAGGUGUGGGACAUUGUGGGUACGGAGCUGAAGCUGAAGAAGGAGUUGACUGGUCUGAAUCACUGGGUUAGAGCACUGGUCGCCUCGCAGAACCACUUGUACAGCGGCUCAUAUCAGACCAUCAAGAUUUGGGACAUCCGCUCUCUGGAGUGUGUUCACGUCCUGCAGACCAGCGGGGGCAGCGUGUACUCCAUCGCCGUCACCAACCACCACAUCGUCUGCGGCACCUACGAGAACCUCAUUCAUGUGUGGGAUAUUGAGUCUAAAGAGCAGGUGCGGACCCUGACAGGUCAUGUGGGGACAGUUUACGCUCUUGCUGUCAUCUCCACCCCUGACCAGACCAAAGUGUUCAGCGCCUCCUAUGACCGCUCACUCAGGGUGUGGAGCAUGGACAACAUGAUCUGUACCCAGACUCUGCUCAGACACCAGGGCAGUGUGACGGCUCUGGCUGUGUCCAGAGGUCGUCUCUUCUCUGGAGCUGUGGACAGCACCGUCAAGGUGUGGACGUGCUAAACAAACAGUUAACUCUGCAGGAGUCCAGUCAACUUUUGGUGACGGACGGACUCUACAGACGUCAACCUUUUCCACACGAUUCCUCCAUUCUUUUGAUUGUGAAUUUAACUAAUUACCGCCACUUCAGGAUCAAGCCGCAUCAAGAAAAAACUGUUUUACUAAAUGUUUGCUUUUCAAACUUUAAAAAAAAAAUAUCCUCAGACACCUCGACACCCCCGAUCAUAGGGGGGUCAGAGGGGUCAAACUUGUGGUCGUCUGUGACCUCAUUAAGCGGUCCAUUAUGGGGCAAAACAAGACAAAAAGCUGCCUUAUGGUCGCACCGAUCAACGCACAGCACCAUAGCACGGUUGACUGGACGUUGCAACCCUGUAAUCGGAGCAGGAAGCAGAGGGGGAUUAUGGUUGUUAGAGUUUUUGGACUGAUGAUGGUCCCGCCUGCUUCCUGUGGACCCACCUGCCACUUAAGAACUGUACUGAUGAUGCCUAAUGCAUACUGUUAGAAUACGUCUAAAGGCUGGUUUCACAAACAUGGACUGACACCAUACUUACAUUAGGACACCUGUUUAUGUUAUACACAGCUUCCCUAAAGAGAGAAAUUUCAGAUUAAAAGUCGACGAAAACAGAAUUUUAUAGGAGAACGUAUAUCAAAUUUUCAUCGACGACUCCACAAAAACUCCCACUUGCUUCCAUAUGUUGGUCAAAAGCUCUGCUUAAAGUCCCAGCUCCACACUACAUAUGUAGCAUGUUUACAAGUGACAAAAUAAUGUAUACACAUAUAAGUCAGUGUGCUGACAAUAAAACGGUUGAUCUUUGAGAGCUGCAGUACUCUGAGGAAACACACAAGCUGCUCACAACUACAUCUUACAUUUUUUUGAAGGAUUUUGUUUAAGGAUUUAAUUAUUAAAGGACCAGUGUGUAAGAUUUAGUGCCAGCUAGUGGUGAUGUUGCAUAUUGCAACCAACUGCAAGCAUGUAGAACAUAUUGUAGGGCUGCAAAAAACACAAGUUCCUCUCCAGAGCUACUAGAGGGCUACUGUAGAAACAUGGCGGUGCAACAUGGUGGCCUCUGUCAUAGAGGACCCGCUCCCUAUGUAGAUAUAAAGGGCUCAUUCUAAGGUAAUGAAAACACGAUUAUUCUUAUUUUCAGGUGAAUAUACACUGAUCAAAACAUACUUAUGAAUGUUAUGUUAUAUUCCAUUUUUGCAAAGUCUGGUCUGCUAGAUGCUCUAAAUUCUACACACUGCUCCUUUAAAUCCUUACAUCUUUUUUAAAUAUAAUUUGUAUUCCCAGUGUUGCAAUGUCAGUUACAUUAGUUUUUUAUUAAUGUUUGUAAUUUCAGAACGGUAAAGUAUGUUUUUGUUUUUUUUGGGUUUUUUUGUAGUAACAGCAAUAACAGGAAUACUAUUGAUAUUUAGUUUGUAGUGUGGAGCUGGGACUCAACUAUACUGUUUUCCCAAUGCUGAGAUUAUAGCAUUGACAGUCAAGGCUGCUCAGUUAAAGUCUGUCUUCACACUUUGUGAUUUGUUAAACAAUGUAAAUCUGCGUGUGGUUCUCAGUGUAGAGUUUACAGUGCCACAAUUGAGAAACCGAUUGAAGUGUUAGCUUCACUUUAAUGGCUACUAUUGCUAACACA